CCAAAAAAGCAGUGUUCUGUGUACGUGCAUUUUGACAAGAUGUUGAUCAGCCCAGCAUCCUGUGUACGUGCACUUUUAACAUCUUGAUUGUCCAGCUGCUGCGUACGUGCUCAACAACAUGUUGUUCAGUCCAGCUUAUGUAACUUCCAGUAAGUAUUGGCUUACUUUGACCAUAUUGGGUAAUAAAACAGCCAUCCCAUCAUUUCCCGAAAUCAUGAGGGUGGGGGCCAGAAGAGUAUAACCGAUGCUGCGUGGUGUAGGAGGGGGCUUUGCAGCAGGUUUCCAGCCGAGGCAUUUAGUUCGAGGCUGAAGGCUGUCCCCAUGAAGUGUUGGUGAUGUAUUGCUGAAUUGUACAAAUAAAGCCCCACGCUGAGAUUGGAUAAACUGUCUCUCUCUUGUUUUUGAUAAGGAAAAAGAACCACAUUUGGUGACCACGAAGCGGGGAGUGGAGGUGUGCUCUUCGGAUCAUUUCUCAAUCCACUGAAACCUGACUCCGGGGCCCUUAUAGGAAAAGAGAAAGGAGCUCGUCUCUAGCGCAGGCGCAGACGGGCCAGUAGUUCCUGGAGACCAGGUGUACAUCAAAGUUUUCAGGAGGAAGUGGCACGAACCGCGGCGAGAGGGUCCCUACAAAGUGGUUCGAGCAACGCCAACGGCAGUCCAGGUCGAAGGAGGAUCGACGUGGCAUCAUCUGACACACUGCACGAAAGUCAAAGACAAAACUCAGGGCAGUAUUGUGUCUGACGUAACAAACCGGCAUGAUGGCCGAGGAAAAGAAGGGCGUGCUAAGCCUGAUAACAGUUCUGUUUUGGAUGACACUAGGGGGUCUGAUGGUGGUGCUGGAGGAGGUGAAGAUGGAGACGAUGGCCGAGGAGCAGAUCGUCGACCCAUCACAAGAGCAUACGCUAGACGACUUGGUCAACGACGAGGCAGCACACCGUGAUCAAGUUAAGUACAAUCCAGCAGGCCGGAUGCAACAUAGGUCAGCAUCCUUGCCUGCAUUCGACGUAGCAGUUGUUAAAACUGGUGUUACAACCACGAUUCCAAAUAAUGUUUUGACCACAAUUAAGAUAAAUAAAAUCCCUGACAGUGUGACCACAGUUCCAAAUAAUGUUUUAACUACUAGCGCUACUACUACUACUACUGUAAUCCCUGAUGUUUUGACUACCACAGCUCCUGUUGAAGAGGGGAGGUCCGACUGGAGCUCUUCCUCUCACUUACAGCUAGUGACUCCACUGAUUUUAAGACCUGAAACAACGCCAGUUAGCAAGUUAAGAAGUGUAACUACUAAGCCACCUGUUAGUCCUACAACUCCCACAGGAGAUGUAGCUGUGAAAUCUGAUUUUCCCACAGAAGCCUCUGGUAGUAACCAUGUUUGUAAUCUUACUCAGCAAGACCAAAAUGAACAAGAAGUGACCAAUCGCAAAGCUGUGCCUAAGCCACUAUUUGGGCCGAUUAGACCUGGGCCCGGGAGUAACACAGGACCUAUCUCCCCUAGAGCGGGCAGACCAUUGCCGAUAGAGGAUAGGCUUUGGGAUGCCGCCAUGCAAAAUAGUUGGUAUAAAUGGGCUUUGUAUACGACGAGAGAAAUGACUCCUAAUGACUGCAUAGUGUGCGCUCAAGCACCCGGAAUGUUACCUGAGGUUGUUCCAGAAAAAUAUACUUCUAGUGAAUGUGCCAUUACACAACGACGCACUUGUAAGACUAGAAAGGAAAUAGAGAUAAAUAAAAAGAUUCCACCUAUUCUUAAGUUGCCAUUGUGCGGAUUCCACUGCAGAUUGCUCCAUGGUACACGAGAUAAGCACAAAUAUGUUAAAAAAUAUGCAGAAUAUAACAUCUUAGAGGAAUGUGCUGAAUUUGCGAUCCAAACAGACCAAAAUGGUCCUCCAACGGACUACAAAAUUGAUUAUAGUGCUGAUUAUGAAUGUUUUGCAAGUGGAGGUUUCGCUGACAAUGGAGGAGUGGACGUAGGUAAUACAUCUGUCAACUGUAACGUCACUUGGGUAUUAUCCUGGUUCCCGCAUGCAAAUAUGACGCCACUUCUCAUUGAUACCCCUGUUUGGUAUGAAAACCCUGUAACUCUUAGUCAGGACUGUGAUAACAUAUCGAUGACGAUCCCCACUCUGGAUCUCAUAGGUGAGCAAGACAUUCCAGUGGCCGACAGCUACUGGAUGUGUGGUGGUGAUGUUUUAAUGAAUGUUUUGCCAAGUUUUUGGGUUGGGUUGUGUACGCUAGUACGUAUGAAAGUUCCAGUGACUAUCUUACAUGAAGGUGUGAGUGAAUUACUUCAGUUGGAGACUACCAAUAGACGUAGGACAAAGAGGUAUGAUGUGUUUGAUCAUAAAGUGCAUUUAAACGCCAUAGGACUGCCAACAGGAAUUCCCAUAGAAUUUCAAGCAAGAGAUGAGGUAGUAGCUGGUUUAGAGUCAAUUCUUCCUUGGAUAACAAUAAAUAAGAAUGUGAAAUGGAUCAACUAUGUUUAUUUUAAUCAGCAAAGAAUCUUAAAUUACACAGUAAAUAACCUUGGCCUCUUGGGUGAACAACUUCAUGCCACAGUCAAGAUGACUUUGCAGCAUGACCAGGCUUUGGACUGGUUGCUGGCCGAGAAAGGUGGGCUCUGUAAGUUUCUGAACUCCAGUGGGCAAGAAUGUUGCACCUACAUUCCAAGUAAUACGGCCCCUGAUGGUGCAUUUACUGAAGGAAUGAGGAAAUUGAAAGAUUUAAAGAUAGAGCUGAGGGAGAAUGCAGGCAGGGAAAGCUGGUCCUUAGACUCCUUAGCCCUCAAAUUGGGUCAGUGGGGAGCUAUUUUGGUAAAAGCAGGAAUUAGUGCAAUAGUAGUACUAAUUCUGAUUUCUCUAUUGGCAUGUUGCAUCCUACCUGUUGUGAGGAGACGGUGGGAGCGAACUCUGGCUGCCCAAAUGAACCUUGCUGUGUCGUCUCAAUACGUGCAAAUGGAAAUGGCCGCAAUGGACUCAGCACGACACCCAAUGUGCCUGAAGAACGGGACGGCUGAUGAGAUGGCAGUGGAGUAAGCUUUGCGUCUCAUCAGAGAUGUUGUUGUUGUGGUUACAUGCACUCGACUAAGGAAUCGGCCUCGAAGUCCUCUUCCAGCGACAAGACCCCUGCAGCAGUCAUCAAUGAAACUGAACUUGACUCGUGUGUUUUCUUCACUCCGUUUCUUUUUUUUUUUUUUCUCUUCCAGCUCUGCAACUGAGACUCUGACUCCGUUCUCUAUUUCGGUUGAGCAGUUGUGUUGUUACAUCUAGUAUAUUCGUAUAUUCAUUACAUUUACUGUUGUGUUUAACUUUUUAUAGGUUUAGUCACAUCAACAUCUCCUAGUUGUUCAUUCGUAUCCACGUCAAUCAUUUAUUUCAUAUGAGUUUGUAUUUUUGACUGCAUAUUCACAUACAGUUACUGGUUGCAAUAUUGCUAAGGGUAAUUAAUGCACGAUCGUACUCAUGAUUUUUUUUAUUCUCUGUUGGAAGGUAUCAUCACUUCAUUUUCUCUUAUGUGUGUUCUUUUGUUAAUUCAAUGUUACCUAAUGUCUGCCAUAUACUUAGGCUAGACUUGUAUGCUCACUCUGUGCGUUACGUGAUCGUCCUGUUGGGGCAGGAGGUCAAGGGGGAAUUUUCCUGUUAAGAACAGCGGACAGGUUUUUCGCCCUCUUACAGUGUGCGCAUGCAUUUUUGAUGUAUUGCUGGGGUGGUUAAAGACGACACAUUCAAUGUUGUGUCUUGCAGCUGAUACUUACUUUGCAGUUACUUCGUCGUUACAUUUAUAUCUAUAUAGUUUGGCUGAAGACUGCAGUAUAUUAGUCAUUUUGUCAUUUAACACCCAUUUACUGGUCUAUGUUAACAUUCAUUUAUGUGUUAUGUUAUUUGUUAUGUAGCCAGCUUGUUUAUGGGGGUGGACACCCCCAUGGGGGGGAUCUGUAGGAGCCAAAAAAGCAGUGUUCUGUGUACGUGCAUUUUGACAAGAUGUUGAUCAGCCCAGCAUCCUGUGUACGUGCACUUUUAACAUCUUGAUUGUCCAGCUGCUGCGUACGUGCUCAACAACAUGUUGUUCAGUCCAGCUUAUGUAACUUCCAGUAAGUAUUGGCUUACUUUGACCAUAUUGGGUAAUAAAACAGCCAUCCCAUCAUUUCCCGAAAUCAUGAGGGUGGGGGCCAGAAGAGUAUAACCGAUGCUGCGUGGUGUAGGAGGGGGCUUUGCAGCAGGUUUCCAGCCGAGGCAUUUAGUUCGAGGCUGAAGGCUGUCCCCAUGAAGUGUUGGUGAUGUAUUGCUGAAUUGUACAAAUAAAGCCCCACGCUGAGAUUGGAUAAA